UUGCUCCCACCGCGUGAGAGUCCGGGCACGUCUCCCCGCGCGCGCGUGCGCCCGUGUAUGUGUGUGUGCGUGUGUGCACGUGUGUGAGUGUGAGUGCACGCGCUCCGGGGUCCGUGCCUGGUCUCUGCGGGGGCAGGAGCGGGAGCCAUGGGCGGGACGUCCAGCACCCGCCGGGUCACCUUCGAGGCGGACGAGAAUGAGAACAUCACCGUGGUGAAGGGCAUCCGGCUUUCGGAAAAUGUGAUCGAUCGUAUGAAGGAAGCCUCUCCGGGUUCGAAGUCUUCGCGCUAUUCGGGUCCCUUUGGUGCCUCAGUUUCUGAUGAAGAGCUGAAAAGAAGAGUAGCCGAGGAGCUGGCAUUGGAGAAAGCCAAGAGAGAAUCCGAAAACCAGAAACGAUUAAAGCAGAGCAAAGAACUGGAGCAGCUAACCAGAGCUAUUCUUCGAGAGAGAAUAUCAAGCGAGGAAGAGCGCUCGAAGGCAAAAACCCUGGCUAAGCAGCUGGAAGAGAGAGAUCGAAUGAUAAAGAAGCAGGAUGCUUUCUACAAAGAGCAGCUGGCUAGACUGGAGGAAAGGAACUCAGAGUUCUACAAGGUCACCACUGAGCAGUAUCAGAAGGCUGCUGAAGAGGUGGAGGGAAAGUUCAAGCGCUUUGAGACUCAUCCCAUCUGUACCGAUCUGCAGGCCCAGAUCCUCCAGUGCUACCGCCAGAACUCCAAGCAGACCCUCAACUGCUCUGCUCUGGCCAGCCAGUACAUGCGCUGUGUCAAUCAUGCCAAGCAGCAGGGCAUGAUUGAAAAGGGAGGAUAAAAUCAUCUGUUUGAAGAAGCCAAAGUCCUGCAUCAUUGAUUCCAGUGGUGGAACCUUUUUGUCCCUCUAAUAAGAAAGUAACCCUUUAAACAGAAGACUAUUGAAGAGAAAUGCUGGAGAGUAGAAUCCGCAGAAACAUAACAAAAUUCGGCCCGCACAAUCUGCACAGCCAAGACUUAGACCAAGAAUCAGCCACGAAGAGGCAGAGGGGGCCCUUGGAUCCAAAAGUAAAUUCACAUGCCCACAGUGGACCCCACUGAGUGACCCCCAUUUCUGACCAUGGAAAGUGGGGCAGCCCUCCCCACCUUUUCUCCUCUCUCCUCAACUCUCCCCUGUAUCCAUCCCCCUCACUUGGUGAUCUUUUCACUUUAUAACCAAGUAGGGGGGACAAAGGGGUGGAGUUGGGGGACAAAUCAUUUGGGGUAGGGAGAGGAGAAAAGUGUGAAAAAAGAGUGAAAAGCCUCAUUAUCAGGGCGAUCAUGUGGAGUUUAAUUUGUCCAAAUGUGGCAUGUGAAUUUCUUCUCCCCCUUAAAUGAGAUAAGCACUAUUCCGUUUUAACUUACAGUGAAUCAUGUAAGAAGACACCCCUCCCAAAAAAAGCAAGAGAGAUCACCUCUUUUAUUGGAAUAAUGUUUAUACUUGCAAGUGAAAUAUGGCAAUUUUUUUUAAUCAACCUAAAGGUGACCUUGGCUUACACAACAACCUCUCUAUCAUGAAUACUGACCUCUUCACUCACUAUCAAUAAUAAAUAUAUUUUCUGAUGAAGA